AUGGACGUGGACGUGGACAUGGACGUGGACAUGGACGUGGACGUGGACGUGGACGUAGACGUGGACGUGGACGUGGACGUGGACCUGGACCUGGACCUGGACCUGGACGUGGACAUGGACGUGGACAUGGACGUGGACAUGGACGUGGACAUGGACGUGGACAUGGUCGUGGUUUUUGACGUGGACGUGGACGUGGACGUGGACGUGGACAUGAAGGACAUGGACGUGGACGUGGACGUGGACGUGGACGUGGCCAUGGACGUGGACGUGGAUGUGGACAUGGACGUGGACGUGGUCGUGGACUUUGACGUGGACGUGGACGUGGACGUGGACGAGGACGUGGACCUGGACGUGGACGUGGACCUGGACGUGGACGUGGCCGUGGACGUGGACGUGGACGUGGACGUGGACCUGGACGUGGACGUGGACGUGGACGUGGACGUGGACCUGGACGUGGACGUGGACGUGGACGUGGUCGUGGACGUGGACGUGGACGUGGACGUGGACGUGGACGUGGACGUGGACGUGGAGGUGGACGUGGACGUGGACGUGGACGUGGACGUGGACGUAGACGUGGACAUGGUCGUGGACGUGGACGUGGACGUGGAGGACUUGGACGUGGACAUGGACGUGGACAUGGACGUGGACGUGGACGUGGACGUGGACGUGGACAUGGACGUGGACGUGGACGUGGACGUGGACGUGCACGUGGACGUGGACGUGGACGUGGACGUGGACGUGGUCGUGGACGUGGACGUGGACGUGGACGUGGACGUGGACGUGGACGUGGACAUGGACACGUGGACGUGGACGUGGACGUGGACGUGGACCUGGACCUUGGACGUGGACGUGGACGUGGACCUGGACGUGGACGUGGACGUGGACGUGGACGUGGACGUGGACAUGGACGUGGACGUGGACGUGGACGUGGACGUGGACAUGGACGUGGAGAUGGACGUGGACGUGGAGGUGGACGUGGACGUGGACGUGGAGGUGGACGUGGACGUGGACGUGGACGUGGAAUUGGUCGUGGACGUGGAGGUGGACGAGGACUUGGACGUGGACAUGGACGAGGACGUGGACGUGGACAUGGUCGUGGACGUGGACGUGGACGUGGACGUGGACGUGGAAGUGGUCGUGGACGUGGAGGUGGUCGUGGACGUGGAGGUGGACGUGGACAUGGACGUGGACGUGGUCGUGGACGUGGACGUGGACGUGGACGUGGACGUGGACGUGGACGUGGACGCGGACUUGGACGACGUGGACGUGGACGUGGACGUGGACGUGGACGUGGAGAACUUGGACGUGGACGUGGACGUGGACGUGGACGUGGACAUGGACGUGGACGUGGACAUGGACGUGGACGUGGACCUGGACAUGGACAUGGACGCGGACGUGGAGGACUUGGACGUGGACGCGGACGCGGACAUGGACGUGGACGUGGACGUGGACGCGGACGUGGACAUGGACGUGGACGUGGACAUGGACGUGGACAUGGACGUGGACGUGGACGUGGAGGACUUGGACGUGGACAUGGACGUGGACGUAGACGUGGACGUGGACGUGGACAUGGACAUGGACGUGGACGUGGACGUGGACGUGGACAUGGACGUGGACGUCGACCUGGACGUGGACGUGGACGUGGAGGACUUGGACGUGGACAUGGACGUGGACGUGGACGUGGACGUGGACGUCGACGUCGACGUCGACGUGGACGUGGACGUGGACGUGGAUAUGGUCGUGGACGUGGACGUGGACGUGGACGUGGACGUGGACGUGGAAGUGGUCGUGGACGUGGAGGUGGACGUGGACAUAGACGUGGACGUGGUCGUGGACAUGGACGUGGACGUGGACAUGGACGUGGACGUGGAGGUGGACGUGGACGUGGAGGUGGACGUGGACGUGGACGUGGACAUGGACGUGGACGUGGACGUGGAGGUGGACGUGGACUUGGACGUGGACGUGGACGUGGACGUGGACAUGGACGUGGACGUGGACGUGGACAUGGACGUGGACGUGGACCUGGACAUGGACAUGGACGCAGACGUGGAGGACUUGGACGCAGACGUGGACGCGGACGUGGACAUGGACGUGGACGCGGACGUGGACGUGGACGUGGACAUGGACGUGGACAUGGACGUGGACGUGGACGUGGACGCGGACGUGGACGUGGACAUGGACGUGGACACGGACGUGGACGUGGACGUGGACGUGGACGUGGACGUGGACGUGGACUUGGACGUGGACGUGGACGUGGACGUGGACGUGGACGUGGACUUGGACGUGGACGUGGACGUGGACGUGGACGUGGACGUGGACGUGGACGUGGACGUGGACGUGGACGUGGACGGACGUGGACGUGGACGUGGACGUGGACGUGGACGGACGUGGACGUGGACAUGGACGUGGACGUGGACGUGGACGUGGACGUGGAGGACUUGGAUGUGGACAUGGACGUGGACGUGGACGGACGUGGACGUGAACAUGGACGUGGACGUGGACGUGGACGUGGACGUGGACGUGGACGUGGAGGACUUGGACGUGGACAUGGACGUGGACGUGGACGUGGACGUGGAGAUGGACGUGGACGUGGACGUGGACGUGGACAUGGACGUGGACGUGGACGUGGACGUGGACGGGCAGUCUUGCUGGCAUUUCGCACUUAUUGUGCAAGUGGGGCCAGGGAGAACGGAAACGCUCGUUUCUCAAAAAGUAGAGGGAAUCUAG